UCAAGCUUUCAAGUUAUGGACACAGAGGAAGUUCCUUCGCCUGUGACGCCGGGGACGCCCGGAGCCCCACUGUUUGGAGGACACAAGGGGAAUCACCAUGGAAGUGAGAAUGGAAAAAGGUCUCUUCUCAAGAGCUGCAUCUCCUUCAAUAUUGGUGAUUGGGGCACCGAAGAAGGAAGCUUAUCUAAAGUCUCACUUGCAAGGAAGGUUGGAGCGGAGUUCAUUGGCACUCUGAUGCUCAUCUUUGCUGGAACUGCCACUGCUAUCGUGAACCAAAAGAUACAAGGAACUGAAACGCUCAUUGGCCUAGCAGCCUCCACAGGCAUGACAGUGAUGGUUGUCAUCUUAUCGACCGGCCACAUCUCCGGAGCCCAUCUGAACCCAGGCAUCACCAUUGCUUUCGCUGCACUAAAGCACUUUCCAUGGAAGCAGGUGCCGGUGUAUAUUGGAGCUCAAAUAGUAGCUUCUCUAUGUGCGUCAUUUGCAUUGAAAUGGAUAUUUGACCCCUUUAUGGGUGGAGGAGUGACUGUUCCUUCAUGUGGAUAUUCUCAAGCUUUUGCUCUUGAGUUUAUCAUUAGCUUCAACCUCAUGUUUGUCAUUACCGCCGUUGCCACCGAUACUCGGGCUGUGGGAGAGUUGGCGGGAAUCGCGGUGGGAGCAACAGUCAUGCUCAAUGUCCUCAUCGCCGGGGAAACGACUGGAGCUUCAAUGAAUCCAGUGAGAACACUGGGGCCAGCCAUUGCUGCAAACAAUUUUAGAGCCAUAUGGAUUUACCUCACAGCUCCCAUACUAGGGACAUUGUGUGGAGCUGGAAUCUACACUGCAAUUAAGUUGCCUGACCAAGAUGGCGAUGCACGCUUGCCUUCCACUGCAAGAAGCUUUCGAAGAUGACGACAGCUCCCUCGCCCGAUCUACCUAUAUAACCCAAAAAACAUGAUCAUUAGAUUAUUGAGUCAAAAUACAGAUCAUAAAAGACCAAUAAGAUGGAAAACCAAAUGAAUUCUUGGUAGUAAAUACAUGACAGAACAGUGUCGACAGACUGGGUUCAGAUAUCGGUCUUGUGUAUGAUGAUACAAAGGAUUUCCAGUUUUUAACAAUGGAAAAGAAACUCCCAAGAAUUAUCUUGUAAUCUGAAAUGAAGCAAUAGAAGUUGACUUGUAACAUCAA